AUGUCUUUGUCUCUCGAAGGAAAAUUCGGCGGGAAUGUGCACAUUCAACCUGUGCUAGGCUUCUGGGACCUGUGCAUCUGGCCAAGCACUGUCGAUAUCUUGUUCACAAUUGCUGUGAAGUCACCGUCAAUUCCUCAAGUGGUGCCGCACGGUGGAGACCGAUCAGCCUCCGAUCAAGGGGGACGAGCAUGGAACACGUGGCGUCGUUCGCGACGCUCAGUUUCCACGCGUGAACAUCAUGAUAGCGUCGGGCUAGAUGUAGUUGCGGUGCAAAUCACCUCAGAGACUGACCAUUCUCAGGGAGUUUUGCAGGAUGGGCCAUCACCCUGCCCUACGAUCACUUCUCCGGUUCCACCACCCCCUGCCUACAUCAGGGAUUCCCUACAGGUAGACUCACCAGGAUUUUUAGAGCUGGAAAACAGCAGCAGAUUUCAUACGUCGACACAAGGACACCGUGCACAGCGCACCGUAACUGCCGUCCUCUCGAUCCUCAUUCUAGUUGCUUUGAUUGGAUCAAUCGUUGCCAUUACUUUAUUAGUCUCGAAGAUCUAA